UCCAUAUGGUUUUUUUUUACAUUUAUUUUUUCUGAAGACAUUUGUUUGUAAUAUUUGGCUGGGAUAUGCAACUCUGUGACUCUACAGAUAGUAUAAUCUUCGCAAGACAAGCUUGCAAAUUUUAGAUUUAAUCCCAACACGCCUUCUGUUGCACUUUGAGGUUGGGCUACACUUGCGUCUUCCAUUGACAUUAACGCAGACGUUAAUAUGUCUAAAUUAGUGUUUUAUCAGCCAAAACAGCGGUGUAUAACGUACAUGUAAAUAGUUAGACACGAAAGAUUUUUGAGUUAAUUUCUCGAUAUUCUGCUUCUCUAGCCUGGCGCUGACUCGAUGAUUCUGAGCGUGAUUUGUUUGGUCUGGGUAAAACGCGGCUUGUUUGACAAUCUGGGAAGUGGCUCAACAUGAACCAGUUUCACUUAUUUACUUCGAAAUCCAAGACCAAACUGUACCAAUUUCAGAGACUUUUUUGACUUUUACAAGAAUAAUGGCGUCUGUAAUGGAAGAUCCCACGCUUGAAAGACAUUUUAAAGGUCACAAAGAUGUUGUGUCCUGUGCCGACUUCAGCCCCAAUAAUAAACAGCUUGCUACUGGAUCCUGUGACAAGAACCUUAUGAUCUGGAACCUCACUCCUAAAGCCAGAGCAUUCAGGUUUGUGGGUCACACAGAUAUCAUAACAGGUGUCCAUUUUUCUCCAAGUGGUUCCUUGGUGGCAUCUUCAUCCAGAGAUCAAACAGUUCGACUGUGGACGCCCAGCAUAAAGGGCGAGUCGACUGUGUUCAAAGCUCACACAGCGAGCGUUCGAAGCGUUCAGUUCUCCAGCGAUGGCCAAAGGCUGGUCACGGCUUCAGAUGACAAGUCUGUGAAAGUGUGGGGUGUCGAAAGGAAGAAAUUCCUCUAUUCUCUCAACCGGCACACCAACUGGGUGCGCUGUGCGAGGUUUUCUCCAGAUGGUCGUCUUGUUGCUUCCUGUGGUGAUGACAGGACGGUUCGCCUCUGGGAUACAUCCUCGCGUCAGUGCAUCAACAUUUUCACAGACUACGAAGGGUCAGCAACAUUUGUGGACUUCAAUUCUAGUGGCACGUGCAUUGCAUCAUCAGGAGCGGACAACACAUUGAAAAUCUGGGAUAUUCGUACAAACAAAUUAAUACAACAUUACAGAGUUCAUAGUGCAGGGGUCAACUGCUUUUCCUUUCAUCCAUCCGGAAACUAUCUGAUCAGCGGUUCAAGUGACAGUACAAUGAAGAUCUUAGACUUGCUGGAGGGGAGGCUCAUUUACACCCUUCACGGCCACAAGGGUCCAGUGCUGGCUGUGGCGUUCUCUCGAGACGGAGGUCUGUUUGCUUCAGGAGGUGCUGAUUCUCAGGUUCUGAUGUGGAAGACCAACUUCGAUUCACUGAAUUACAGAGAUCUGUUGAGCAGGCACAGCAAACGAGUCACUCCGGAUCCACCUCCACACCUGACGGACAUUUACCCUCGAUCACCUCACCGACACAAUGCUCAGAAUGGCACAGUAGAGGAUGUAAGAAGCCAUGACAGAGCAACAAGUGGCAGAGAACAGCCCAUCUCAGGUCCAUUUCGAACUCGUAUGCGACACAGAGAAGAGGAGGAUGAAGACCAAGAAGAAAGGUUUGCUGGCAGCAUGACAGCAUCUAGAGAGGAGCGUUCGGGUAUCCCAUCGAGCAUUACUAGCACUCUGGAGAACAUUGUGCAGCAGUUGGACAUCCUGACCCAGACGGUUGCCGUCCUCGAGGAGCGACUUACUCUGACUGAAGACAAAUUGAGGACAUGCUUGGACAACCAGGUCCUGCUUCUGCAACAGAGGCAGCAAGUGGAUGGGUCAGACGAGGAAGCCGAGGGUCCGUCUGUGUGAUGGAUACCCAACCACGGUGGUCCUCACUUCAGUGGUAACUUCCUCUGGCCUGCAGUAGAGGACAUGCCAAAUCCCUCUUUUUUUAUUCUUUAAGCUUAAAGACUUCCAGCUGUGUCAUUCCGAGUAAGAACAUUGGACUUAACAAUGCAAAAAAAAAAAAAAAGGACACAAGAUGAAAAGACACAAAGCAGGGUAAGGGAGGGGCUUGAGGGGAUUUGAGGGGUCAUACAGCAUUCUCACCCAAAAGUCAUGUUAAGAGGACAGCUGCAGCUAAGACAACAUCCCGGUCAUGUUUUGACAGCUGCAAGCAAGACAUCAGGAAAGAGACUGAUAGAACAGACAAACAUGCACAGAUUUUUACAGUAUCAGGAUUGGGUUGUGUCUGCUGCAUCACAUGUAUUAUGUAAAUAUAGACCAUUAUGAAUGAAUUACAGUCUCUGGUGUGAUUAAGUCCCAGGCAGCAUGAAUGGUUUGUGCAUGUAAGGCCAUGUAAGUGUCCUCAGAGACACUUGCAGCCUUGUUUACUCUUUCUCAAUCAGCCGCAGCCUUGUGGUUUUCCUCUGGGUGGAGGUCAGACGGAAGCAGGGAGCCAAUCGACAGAAGGCCCAGCGGUUCUUGUUUGCUUUUUUGCAUACCGCAUCUUUCUUUGUUUGGCAGCUCUGCUAAACUCUUCCUGACAGGCUUACAUAAAAACAAUGCAUCCAAAUGGUGGUGAAAACAAAUAAUUUAGACCAGUUUCCCAAAGGAAUAAAAAGACGUGGCUGGCAUGCUUUAUGAACUAUAUGUGCUAGAGUCAUUGAGUUUUAGGGUCUACCAUUACAGUGGACAGAUGAUUAAAAGCCAAUUUUAGCCAUUCAGAUUGUGAUGUUACAAACCACUCUGCUUGAUUGGAUAUAUGCUUUUUCAUUUUCAUUAAAAGGUUCAAAUUAUACAUAAAGAAUUUGUCAUAAACAAAAAAAUGCAAUAUGUGACUGUUGUUGUUGCUACAAAUUACAGCCGAACUUCUCUAACCACUUCCUCUGUGUCUCGUACAGACUGCAGGUGUGCUUGUGACCUCUCUGUGCAUAACACAAGCCCUUUGUCUCUGGUGGGGCGCCAAAAAAGGGCUAGAGCAACCAACUCAUGAACAAAGAGAAGAUAAUCGAAACGAAUGCAUGUGUGCCUGUGUAAAAGCAGUUGUGUUAGGCUGCCUGCUUGUGCAUGUGCCGUGUUUAUGGAUUUGUGCACAUGCAGGUUCUUGCAAGACCCACAUAUGGUAAAGUGGUUGCUUGCUUAUGAGGCAAGGGAAGGUAAACAUUAUCUUUAGCUCCCCAACAGACAUCAGAGGACUAGGACUUCUUCCUGUUAGCCAGGCCUGGUUGGCAUUGAAUCAGAGUACUUUGAGAAAAUUCCCUCUGACCUUUUGUUCAAGAAAAAAGAAAAGAAAAAAAGAAUAAAGAUGGAGUAAUGGAAAAGAGCUUUCUCAUAUUGUUUCUGCAAUGACACCUGCAAAGGAAAAAAAAAACACCUUGCUCCAUUUUUUUUAAUUUAGGGGAACGUCUGUUGAGAGGUUUUCCCUUUCAACAAAUAUAGAUAGGGGCGGAAAGUUUAAAGAUAGGUAUACACCUGUUGUGGGUCGGAGACCUUACUGAAGUGAAAGUUUCCAAACUGGUGAGAGAAACCCUGGUUGGAGCAACCCAGCGUUAAAGAAGACGCUUGGAAAGCUGCUUGGCCAAUCAAAUUUGGUGGCCAGAAUUAUCCACUGUUUCAAAUCAUUUUGGUCAAUAUGGCUGAAUUUGAUUCACUUAUUUUUACAUUAGUUAUAAUUCCCUCAUGCACUUAUCGUGAAAUCUGUUGCUCGAGUCAGGACCUUUAAAACACUCGUUCUUAUUCACAUCUGUGUUUUAAAGCACCCUCACACCUGUUUCUUUUUUCUUUCUUUUUUUUUUUUCUUGCUUCCAAAGACAGA